UGGGUUGGGUGGAGGAGAGAGACCACUCCUGGGGUUCUUCUACCAUGGAUCCCAAUUUUCCAAGAAGAGCUUUCCAGAAGGCUGCUCCCCCACCAUUCUUAUGAGUGUGGAAGGUCUUCUCAAUGAGCCGACCUGUGUGCCACUUGGGGCAGGACUGAGCUAACAUCUCCAUGGAUGCUCAGGCGGGGUGGGCUGUGACAGGUGAAUGGACUCCAGUCCCAAAUCACCUUCUGGUCUAAGAAGGCUUGCUCUGGACCCAGCUAUCACACCUGCAUUCCAAACAUCAUGAAAGACGGCACAGUGGGAAGAGGACACAACCCCUCCACGGGUGCUGCAGGGAACUGCACCCUGGUUAUCUACUCAAGACUGGACCCCCCCCAGAGGGGCCCCUUUGCCUCAGCCUUUUUCUGGGAAGUUGCGGUGCUGAAGGUCAGGCCCUCCUCCCUCUACCCCUGGCUUCUGCUCUUCUUCUUCCUACCCCCUGGCAGGGGCUCCCAGAGGACAGCAGACCCAGACAAACCAUAUCAGACAAUUCUGGGGAGAGACCCAAGAAUAUACGUGGUGAAGAACUCUAGAGCAGGAAGGAUGACCCAAAAUGUGACUGUGAAUGGAGUCGAUGUGGCCUCUACGCUGUCCCAGCCCACUCACAUCAGCAUCCACAUCUACCAGGAAUCAGCUUUGGCACAAUUGUUCAAAGCUGGGGCCUCCCUGAAGGAGCUUUUUUCUCAUCCUCUGGACACUAGCCCUUUCAAGGCCAGGAUGAGCUAUGGGCAGCUGGCACUGGGGGUGACCCAGAUAUUGCUGGGGGCUGUGAGCUGUGCCCUUGGAGUGUUGCUGUGCUUAGGGCCCUGGAUAGAGCUGUGUGCUUCAGGCUGCGCCUUCUGGGCAGGGUCUGUGGCUAUUGUAGCAGGAGCUGGGGCCAUUGUCUAUGAGAAGCACCGGGGAAAACUUUCAGGCUGCAUAUUAGGUCUGCUCAUGCUGGCUGGUGUUGCCACAGCCAUGGCUGCUGUUGUCCUUUGUGUGAAUAGCUUAACCUGGCAAAGUGAUGGCUUCUAUGACAUCGACUAUGUGUGUGAUUACCCAGAACCUGCUGCCACAACCACUGGGUACCAAGAGACAUGGCAAAGAAAUCACAAGUCACAUUGGACAGAGGAUAGAUGUAAAACCUACAUGCAAAUACUGAUGAACUUGUUCCUAGGAAUUCGUGCUCUGCUCCUGGCUGUCUGUGUCCUGCAGGUCAUUGUAUCUUUGGCUUCCCUGAGCGUGGGUCUUCGAAGCUUGUGUGGCCGGAGCUCUCAGCCCCUGGAUGAGGAAGGAACAGAGAAGAAGCUACUGGGAGAGAAUUCAGCGCCUCCCUCCCCCUCCAAGGAGAAGACCAUGGAUGCCAUCAUCCUGUGAGCCGCCAAAGACCCUGCCUGGGCUCCCACAUGUCCCUGAUGGGAGUAGCCCAGCGCUACUGGGGAGGACAGCACCCACUCCCCAGGACUCCUUGCUGACCUGCCCUUCACACUUGCCUCUCUUUUGGCCACUGUCCCGGCCCUCCUCCUCUUCCCACUGUUCCCAUCGCAGUGGCCUCAAGUCAUUGAACAGGUGUUGUCGCAUUUUCUCCAGAGCUAAUUAAACAGAAACAACAGGAAACA